GUGGAAUUGUCGGAAAGCUAAACUUUAGGGGCCAAAACGAAAUUUCAGAAGUCAACAAAUCCUCUCCAACGGCAUCGGAGGUUUUUCUUGUCGCUGCAAAAGUUAUCAGGGGGGCUGCAGCUUCUCCGUUCUUCUUCGUCUUCUCCGUCUCAGAUCGCCGUUGGAGGACACAGAUGGCGGCAAUCACGAGCGCGCUGAUAGCGAUCGCGGGGGUGGUGCUGGGCUGGAUCGCCAUAGAGAUCGCCUGCAAGCCCUGCCUCGAGAGAGGCCGGGAAGCCAUCGACCGAUCACUGAACCCGGACUACGAUCCCGACGACGAAGAGAACCGCGCCGGAGCCCGCGCGCCUCUCAUUGCCGAACCCGAAGGUUCGGGUCCGACGGCUGAGGAUCCGCCCUCUGCUUCAACAGCCUCGGCCAAGGCCGCCGCCAUCUGAUCCAUCCUCCAUCCCUUCGGCCUCCGAUUUGAUUCUCUAGCCAGAUUUGUCUAUGGAUUGUGCGUGUUCAAUGUUUUGUGAAUACUUCCGAUCGAAGUUGUAAAGGGAAUGGAAGAUCAGACCGGAGAUGCGUUCUCUGUUGGAUGUCGAAUUUCCUUCUCCCUUUUUCUUCUUUAAUUUUUGGACAAUAUGAAGUGAUCAAACAUUUGGUUGAUUUUUUUUUUUUAA